AUUUACUGAAGCAUUAUCACAACCAUGACCCUCCCAGUUCCAGGUACAUAUGUGAUCUACAACAUCCAAUAUUCCACCCAAGAUGUCGAUCUGAGGGCGAGCAAUGUUACUGUCGGUACUCCUAUCGUCGGUUAUUCCUAUAACGAAGCCACCGAGAACAUGCUGUGGUACUUGCAAGUUGUCGAUGAAGACAAGGGCUCGGUGCAGUUGGUCAGCCUCGCAACCAACACUUACGCUGGACUCACUGGUGAAACCUCGGGCUCUGGGAUCAUAGGAACCGAUGUCGAAACCACUUUCAAACUCCACGAGAGGAAAGAUGGAGAAUAUGAGCGAGUAUCCUUGCUCUAUUAUGUGUCUUCACGCUCAAACAACGCUCUCAGGAUUCAGACAGAUAACUCUGAGCUCGUCUGGGAGCUGCCUGACGGAAACAACUACACCCAGAUUAUCCUCUCUCCUCCUGUUAGCUUCUAUGACAACCAGUCUUGGCAGUUCUAUCCAGUCGAUGGUAAUUAUGAGGAAAAGCCAGUCAGCGGCCCUUGA